AUGGCGAAGCAACGUUUAAGGCGGAAACAAAAACCAACUGUGCAGCUAAUGUCUUUUCUGCCAUCGCUAAAUAGAGGCAUAGACGUAACACUCUUUGUCUCGCAGGCGGGGCGCCGUGAAGAAGGUGUCCUGGCCCCUGGUAAGCGCAGGCUGUAUAGUCGACGAACCACACAUCCACAGCUGUGCCGUACACCAGUGCCAUGUAACGCCACGGGUAUCACAGACAACUUCUUGGUGAUCAAUGAGCUUUCCCACCGCCUUCUACAAGGGCAACUCAGUAUCGCACAUCCUAGAAAUGGCCGUGCCGCGGACCCCACUUCUUACCCUUACACGAGGAGUGGUCUGAGCUCCACUGUCGCGGUGGCGAAGAGUUGUUUGUGGCACGGGAAGCUGUGCAAAUUGCGUUGCAACUUCUGUCAACCUCAUGAUUGGGGUAUGUCAGCUGGUCUUUCGUGCUGA